AUGAAACCAAAAGAAAGUGGCCUAGAAAAUAUAAGUUUUGCUUUCUUCCUUGUUGAAAGUGUUGCCAUAACGCAUGGAAAAAAACCGAAACCUUCAUUAAGAGCAAGAUUUUGGACUGCUGAGUAUGCACCCUUCGUUGUGUUCAUAGCUGCACCCACUUUAACAAAUAUUAGAGAUACUGAUGGCAGCUUAGAGCGUUUGGCUAAAGAAAGUGACCUUCUUCAACAAGCCUAUGGACAUUAUUUUGACUUGACGAUAGUAAAUAAUGACAUUGAAGAAACUAUUCAUACACUAGAAAAAGCAAUAGACAACAUUAAUACAGAUGAACCAAUGGGCAUCACUUUGCAGCUAGAUGAUAAAGGCAGGUGCAUUGUUGCACGCAUAAUGCAUGGUGGAAUGAUUCAUAGACAAGCUACUCUUCAUGUUGGAGAUGAAAUUCGAGAAAUCAACAAUGUUAGUGUUGCUAAUCAAACUGUAGAUGCUUUACAAAAAAUGCUGAGAGAUGCACGAGGAAAUGUAACAUUCAAAAUUAUUCCAAGUUAUAGAACUGGACCUCCUACUUGUGAGAUAUUUGUACGAGCUCAAUUUGACUAUGAUCCAAAAGCAGAUGAUCUUAUUCCAUGUCCACAAGCUGGCAUCAAAUUUAAAACAGGUGAUAUCUUGCAAGUCAUCAGCAAAGAUGAUCAUAAUUGGUGGCAAGCAAGAAAAGAAGGAUCAGAUACAACCGCUGGAUUGAUUCCAUCUCCAGAAUUACAGGAGUGGCGUAUUGCUAGCUUGGCUGAUAAACGGUCUCAAAAGAUCCUUUUAAUUUUAUUAAGCUAG